AUGGUCACCGGCGAAGGCACCUGGACCAAGGGACCCUUUGUCAAAAAAACGUUUCUCUCCUUCGUUUUGCGCACCGCCGCCGCCGCCACCGUCGUCGCCGUCGCCUUCAUGGCAUGCUGCAUACAGACGACGAAAACAUCUGCAAAAAGGUGCGCGGGGCCGCCACCAAAUGUCUUGCGAGACUUUUCGAACAAAGCUCUAUUUUUGCAACAGUCUCACAGCUGCACAAGACAGCUGAACUGGUAA